AUGACUUGUUCACAGCUGCUGGGGAGCUCAGCCCUCUCCUUGCUGGACACCAACUUACCAGCUGAAGCGGAGACUGAGCUGCGCGGUUUCAUCUCCAGGCGCCUUGCCAAGGGAGCCCUGUUUGAAGGAAUGGGGAAUGUAGCAUCAGUGGAGCUGAGCAUACCAGAAUAUAAAGUUGGUUGUUAUUACUGUCGUUUCCAACAAGAAAAUCUUCUAGAAAUGGCAACACAGGAAUCAGACAUCAGCACUCCAGAAUAUGUCGUUUGCUUCUUAGGUGGCUCAGAGAAGGGUCUGGAACUUUUCAGACUUGAGCUGGACAAAUACAUUCAAAGUCUGAAGAUAAAGCCUGUUUUGGAGCAAAAAACCUUGGAGACUUCCGUGAAUCCCGACCUGAGAAGCUGGUUUGAGAAUGCCCUGUGCCCAAUUCAGAGAGUGGUUCACCUCUUCCAGGAGAAACUCUCCUUUUUGCUACAUGCUGCUUUGAGUUACACUCCUGUGGAAGUGAAAAAUGCAGAUGAAAGAACAGAAAAAGAUAUUAGCAGGUUUCUGGCAGCUGCUGGCCUCCAAGGCCUUGUUCAGGAAGGCACAAUGACAUCCUUGUCUAUUGCCAUGACAGAGGAGCGGCACAAGUCAAUGAUUAUAGACUGUAGUGGACCUCAGCCUCAGCUGAGUAAUGCAGGAACCAACAGAUUCUGUGAGGACUGGAUGCAAGCUUUUGUAAAUGGUGCUGAAGGUGGAAAUCCAUUUCUCUUCCAGCAGAUUUUGGAAAACUUUAAAUUGAAGGCUAUACAAGACAUUAACAACCUGAAGAGGUUUAUCCGCCAGGCUGAAAUGAACCACUACGCCUUGUUCAAGUGUUACCUGUUUCUCAAGAACUGUGGUAGUGGUGACAUCCUUUUGAAGAUCGUUAAAGUAGAACAUGCAGAAAUGCCAGAAGCCAGAAACGUAGUGACCGUCCUUGAGGAAUUCAUGAGAGAAACAUCAGGGGCUUAA